AAAAAAAGAAACGGAAGAAGUAUAUGUUUUGAUCAUGUGUACACAGGUUCGCUUUGAAGUCUGUACGAAACGAAGUACUCCUUGUAUUUGAUUGCUAAAUCCUUUGUCAGUUCAUCACAAUCACAUGUAUGAAGCGUCCAUGAUCUAGCUACUAUUCAUUGUUCUACUCAAGGAUUUCCUUACUUGAAUUGCUCAAAUUCUAGGGUUUGCUGGAAUUUGCAAUUUCAAGAUAAAAUGGGGUCUAUAACUUCUCUUGAUGAAAGCUUACCUUUGGUUGAUCAAAAUGCGUCGAUUAAUCACCCUAAAACUCAUUCUAGAGAUGUUCAUAUACUCAGCUUAGCUUUCUUGCUCGUUUUUUCGGCUUAUGGUGCUGUUCAGAAUCUCGAGAGUACGGUUAACGAUGAAGGUGAUCUGGGUACUAUAUCAUUGGGGAUUUUGUAUGUAUCAUUCAUGGUAUUUUCGUUUUUCGCCUCGUUGUUUGUUCGAAAAUUGGGAUCAAAGAAUGCCCUGCUCCUUGGAACUACUGGGUAUUGGUUGUUUACAGCUGCAAAUAUGAUGCCUAAUUGGUACACAAUGGUCCCUGCCUCUGUAUACAUGGGAUUCUGUGCUUCGAUAAUAUGGGUUGGUCAGGGAACAUAUUUAACUUCCACUGCACGGAGUCAUGCGAGAGAUUGCAAUUUACACGAGGGAACUGUAAUUGGAAAUUUCAAUGGAGAGUUUUGGGGGAUUUAUGCAACACAUCAGGUUAUUGGAAAUCUUUUGGCUCUAUUUCUCUUGAAAGAUGGAAAAGAGGGAGAUACUAGUGGUAGUGGUACCAAGCUGUUGUUCUUCGUAUUCCUUUGCAUCUUGACCCUUGGUUGCAUAUUAAUGUGCUUUUUGCAUACAAGAGACAGCGCACUUGAAGAUCAACCUAAAAAUUCUUCCAUCAACUGCUUUGCUUACGUGGUCUCUAUUGCAAAAACAGUUAUAAAACCAUUGUUUGAUAUUCGCAUUCUGUUAAUAAUCCCCCUUUUUGCAUAUUCUGGAUUACAGCAAGCAUUUGUUUGGGCUGAGUUCACCAAGAAAAUUGUAAAGCCUGCUCUUGGAGAGUCUGGUAUAGGUGGCUCAAUGGCAAUCUACGGGGCCGCUGAUGCUAUUUGUUCUCUGGUUGCCGGUCGGCUUACUUCCAGUGUUUCAUCAGUUACUUGGAUAAUUGUGGGUGGAUCUUCAGCUCAUGCUAUUGUACUGCUUUGGAUUCUGCUUAAAUACAGCACAAGCAGUGGAUUUCUUGGGAUGCUUUAUCCACUCUUAAUGGCCGCAGCAUUGGGCGUUGGUGAUGGUGUGAUGAUGACACAAAUCAACGCUCUAUUGGGGAUGCUCUUCAAGCAUGACAUGGAGGGAGCAUUUGCACAGUUGAAGGUUUGGCAGAGCCUUUCCAUCGCUGUUAUCUUCUUCCUGACGCCUUACAUAUCACUUCAUAUGAUGGCUGUGAUUAUGCUUACUGCACUCUGCAUUUCUUUGAGUACGUUUUUUAUCCUCACCCAAAAAGUUGUAAAAACCUUGUAGGCUUCUCUUCUCAUCUUCAGCAACCUGUACAAUUUGCUGAUGCAAAUGUAAAUUUCAGCUCUUGUAUAGUUCAUACUCCCUCCUGAAAAAUGUCCCCUUUCUAAUAAAAAAAUUUCAAAAUAUAUUGCUCUCUUCUUCAUAAAGGCAAAGUUAUCCAACGUUGUAUUUUGAUUUUUA